CACGUCCAAAAUAAAACAACCUCUGCACCACCCACGAUCAAUUGAAACGCGACAACGCUCCUUCUCCUUCUAUCGCCACACCUCCCAACCAAAUUCUGCUUGAUCCACAUCGGUAGUAAAGAGGCUUUAUUUCCUUCACUAUUCGCAUUCUGCCAUCAUUCGACCAAUUGGCAUCGAGCAUUUCUUCAUUCUCCCGAUCGUGGUUCUCGAGACUGCGAUACAUAUGCUGAGAGCAGGUUAUCGCUAUCAGUGAUCACUUCGUGCGUCAACCCCCACUAUUCCUCUAUUCCUACGACAAUGAGCAAAUAUAGAGAGCUGUCAAAGACGACAAGCGCAAGGUCCUUCGCAGGAAUCUUCACAGCCAUAUCGCAGCAGGAUGAGCAUGGUGUUCGCUAUUCAGACGCGCUGAAAGCCCUUGUAGAGGAAAAGAUCAGUGAGAUUCAGCUUGGGCUAGAAGCCUUCAAGAAACCAUCAGCAGCCUCGCGCUCGGGAAUGGCGACAGCAACAAGAACUGAUGGCAAGAAAUACACGGAAGCGCAAAUGAACCUGGCGAAGCGGCUGAGCGAUGUUGUCAAGCUGGAUGAAUUGCAGGCACUGAAGAUCGUUGACAAGCUAUCGCAGGAGAUAGACGUACCUGAUACAAUCACGGAAGAGUUUGUUGUGAAGGCUAUCACAAUGUACUGGAAAGAGCGAUCUUCGUUAGUGGCACUCUUGGGAGAGCUUGUCAAGCAGGCAAAGGAUGGCGAAUCCGACCCAGAAUACCAGCGAAUCGCUGGUGUUGACAGAAUUCAGACACAGAGCGUCGCCCUGAUCCGAAAGCUUCUUUCACAAUUCAGCGCUAAAGUCUCGGAGGAAGCGCCAGAGUACUUUACGGUCAGCUCGGACUAUCUGGAUCUCUGGAUCGGACAAUCGCUUACGGAGCAAAGCACGCUACUGGAGACCAUGAUCAUACUUGCCUAUGCAGGAAAAGACGCCAAGACAGAGUUGCCAGGAAUUGUCAUCACCACAUUACUCUCGACACAAUUUGGAAAACAGCAACACUACAAGGCAAAGUUCAGGGUUGAGGCGGUCGAUCUAUGGGAGGAUGUCCGUCUUCUAUGUGUCACCCUCUCGAUUGCAUCUCUGGAUCUUGAGAACCUUUACACCACAUCGAUCACGGAGACAUAUGACAGCAGCAACCACACAUUCAAGUCAACCGUUCAAGUCCAGCUUGUGAACAAGGCUCUUCAAGGCGCAGAACGACAACAGGAAUUAGGGCCCUUCAUAUUGGCCUGGUCCAGCGUGCUCUCAGCAAGCAUUGUUUCCAAAUCUGGCGAUGCGACACAGCUGCAGCGAUUGGCGGGCCAAUUCGCAUACGUCUCCAUAGAAACGCUUUCGGUUUUUACAUACCUUCAUGGAAUCUUCGCCAACGAACUUUUCGACAAGGAUCCAAAGGAACAACGGAGAUACAAGAAGCUUUAUUUCUAUCUCUUCGAGACUAUGCUUCUGGAUCACCAACCGAAGACGAUCAAGGACUUUGAGGGGCUGGUUGCAUGUUUGGCGGACUUGCUAACGGAUGAACCGGACCUCUGCGAACUUGUCUGGAGGGAACCACCAUCUCUCGGACAGGGAACAUUGGAAGUCCUUGAAACAGCACGCGGCCGCUUUCCUCUUCAAUUCGAGUCAUUUAUACGACUUUUGACUGCCCUCGCUACCGGAGACGAAUCUUCUGCCAAGCAUACCAUCUACUACUUUCGUCGUCUGCCGACACUUUCUCACUUAAUCCCUUUGUCGACGCCCUCCGUCGAAGUCGAUGUUCACCCUAUCACAGGAGCAACGGUUAUCAGAGCAAUCCAAGAGGUAUCGCUUGGGAUUGCCCCCGACCAUCCCUUCAUGGUAUUGCCUGCAGGAAUGACUGGAAGCCUUAUCUCAGGCGAGAAUGCGGCUCAUAUUGUUCAGUGGAAGCACGAGAACUCGGGAUGGGAUAUUUGUUUUACGAUGCUCGAUGCCUUCCGAGAAUCCACCUUUGAUGACUUUUCUUCAGGCGCAAGGAUCGAGAUGGAUCACGUUAAGGCAAUUCUGGACCUCCUGCAGUCUGUCUUCCGCUAUCCCACUGGCGCGGAAGAAGUUGUCAAUCUCUUCAUUGAAGGUGGACGCGACACCUCACCGAUCCCAACUCUCUUUGCGAUCCUGGAUCAAUGCUCAAAACUUCAGAAGCCAUCGCUAGAUGUCAUUGCCUCUUGUCUGGCGUGCCUUACUCGGUUGUGCGACUCAUUUGCCCAGGAUGUUUGGCUUUACCUGCGACAAGCUUCGUUCUUGCCAUCGGUCAUCACUACAACAGUUCAAUUCACGGGAUUGGGUCGAGUGCAAACCAGCGGGCUCGCUCAUAACAUCCUUUCGCGAUACGAGUGCAUUCAGGGCGAUUAUUCGGUCACACUCGCCUUCUUGACCCUUGUCCACAAAUUAACUAUUAAUGCGCAGCAGAUGGAACUCUGGGACUCGAAGGAACUGCGCUGCCUCAAGGCCGAGGUUCUCUACCCUUGCCUGGCGUACUUUCAGAAUGACGUCUUCAUCAACUACGAAAACUGGUACUACAGGAACAUCCGAGACCGAUUCAUCAUUGCCUCCAAGAUCCUCGCAAUCUUUAAUGACACUCUGGACGACCUGCCGCUCCUCACCGGAACCGAUCCAUCGGAACACAUCGGCCUCAGCACUCUGCAGGAAUACUUGAUCAGGAACUUUUUGUACGAUGGUGGCAAACAGCUUGCUCUGCCGCUUGUGUCGAUCAUCGGUACGGGACCAGACCUGUCAGCCUACUUCUCUAAAUAUGCCCGCCUAGGAGAACUAAGCGAGAUCCGUGGGAUGGUGUUGCAGGGACUCAAGUUUGUCAAGAGCUUGCUGCGCCAUAGAAAGAUGGCCGGCGGUCAGCCGUCGUUCCUGGAGGUGUACAUGAUCGACCGUACUGUGGGCCGAGCGAAUGCUUCUCUUAUUCAAGUGCUGGCAUCGUACAGCGAUUUUUCAUGUGGUGACGGAGCUGCGCUGUUGUCUACGGAAGUUUUGACGCUGCUGUGCUCGCUGACGUUCGAAUGGCAGACCAGACCGUCAUUUGUUGGGUAUUUGGGUACAAACGACCAGGCUCAGCAGCUUGCUUCGACACUGGUCCAUAGGGUGGGUGACGACAACCAGUCGGCAGAUUAUCGAAUUGCUCUCUGGAGCUUAAUCACCAUCACCUUGACGACACAGCCUGGACUCUCGACUCUAUUCUUUUCGAACGACCGUGCGAUCCCAGUUACAGGGCUCACGGGCAGCCAGCACAAGGAUGCCACCAAGAACUCGGUCCUUGUCAAAGCCCUUGACAUCUUGCACAGGAGUGAGGCGAUUCUGGAAAGUGAGGCGGAGAUCCUGCCCCAUGCACUCCACUUCCUGGAUGUUCUGUGGUUUAACGCCAAGGACCAUACGGACGUGGUCAAGAGUCUGCAAGAGAAUGAGUCAUUCUGGAAGGACCUUGGGCAGAUCCUGUUGAGGCCAGAUCGCCAAACGGACUUGGAGAUGGGAUCGUGGGAGGACGUUACUCAGCAGUAUGAUGGAGACGCCCUUGUGCAGGUCUGUCACGUCUUAGCCGCCAAUGCCGACCAGCGCUCACGAGGUCAUGCACUCAGUAUCUUUGCUCUUGCGAUUCAUUACCAUUUCGCCAAAUCAGAGACCAAGACGUUAGAUUUGGAGGCGCUGCCGAAGGGGAUCAAGGAGUUCGUCAGCCUGUGUAUCAGCCAGGGUCGAUUCAUUGAAUGGAACAAGACGAUACCCGAGAUUCAUUACCAUGUCCAAGGUCAUCGCGAGCUCAGAGAGAUGAAACAGCAUCUUUCUUCGCCGUUUGAUUACCUGAAGCUUGCUGUCAGGAGAUGGGAGGAGAUGUAUGACACAGAUUACUUGCCUGGAGAAUCCUUUAUGCUGGAUCUGGAGAGGGCCCGGUUUAAGCUAAUCUGGAAUGGCAGGGAAGUCGAGCACGCGUUUGUGCGCACGGUUUUCCACGUCAACUUGAAUUGGUCUAUGGUCCAUUCGGAGAUGCACCGACUCUCGUCAUGGCGUUUCUUUGUUGAGAUCCUCACAAGCGACCUUGGAACCUCGGUCUGGGCAACCAAGGCUGCGAAUGGAGCAGGAGCAGGAACAUGUUACCCCUUUGUUGACUGUUUGCUUACUCAUAUCGGACGUGAUACCAUGGGUAGCCUGAUCCUUCGAAAGGCGCGCCAGAACUGUUGUCAAAUCUUACAAUCUGUAAUCGAGAAUGCUGCAGUCAUCAAGCGCUCUGAUAAGAAGAACCUAGCGGUUCAUUUCCCCAAGAUUGCGACUAAACUACAACAGUUGAUCCAGAGCCCCGAUCUGGAUAUCAUGGAGACGAUCCAGCGCCCUGAGGAUGCCCAGUCCUCACACCAGUCGUUGCUCCUUACCGAGUUGUUCUGCUACCGUACUUUGCACGACAAGGAAGUUUUUGCUAGCCUGGAUUCGACAGAUUACGAGGCGCUUCAAAAGUCGGCAAUCCUUCUCUUGCCACUCAUCUCUGGCUGUUUUAGGAUGAUUGUCGAGAGCCAUCUAUUAGCACAGCACGAUCACUCGGACAAUAUCGUGGUCUUGUUGGCGCUGCUGGAGGAACUCUGUCACCCUGUCUGGAACCCGUAUCCAGCUCUUUGGAUCCCAAUCCUGCGAAAUGUCGACGUCUUCCGCUUCAAUCUGCAGUUGUGUGCUCGGAGUUUUUCCACAGGCGACUACGACAAUCGGCCUUCGUUCUUCGAGGGCAGUCUGAAUUUUUUGCUGGCUCUCGCAAACGUACCAGAAAUGGCGGCAUAUUUAUGCGAUGCGGGAGUGAUGUCGAUGCUGGCACACAAUGGUCUGACACCGUUACUCCAGAACGGGUUGAUUUCACAUUUGGAUGAGGCUCAUGGCGAUCGUGGCAAUUGGCACCAUGCCUGGUGCAUGAUGCUGGCAACUGUUACAGGACUGUUGCGGUCCAUGGGACCAAGUGAUGCUUUCUUGCAGAUGCUGAUCGGAUUUAUUCAGCUAUACGGCAACCAGGUCAGCAAGGGACUCGACACCUCGACAGACCGACCACUUACAAGUGCGAAGCUGGAGGAGAUGGAGAGGAUUACGAUGCUGUUCUACGAGCUUUCGAAACAUGACCUGCGUCUGGAGUUUCUGGGAGGGGGCGAGCUCUUGAGGGCGUUCUUUGAUCGAUCGGCAUUUAUUUUGCAGCAUUCCGUUCAUCUGUUCACACAUCCGCAUACCCUGGCGUCGGUGAUAUUCCCGGUUACGACAAAGGAGCAGAAGGACAAGGAGGAUUCGGUGCUGUCAACGGCGAUCGAGGGCAAGCUAGCGGCUGUAGUGAGGAACAUUCUUUCGGCGAUCCUGGCGUGGACGGACCCGGCGGUGAUUUUGACGAAAUCGAGUCUGGAGUGGCCUCUCCGCAAGGCAAUCAUUCCGCCGUUCAUGAACACACCUGUGUACGAGCCGGCAUCGAUUGGAACAUUGUUUGAUCUGACUCAGUAUGCAAGCACGUCACUCAAGGAAUGGGAGGCGCGAUUAGAGGGCAAAACUGGAGGCUCUGCGGGAUUGUUCAAGGAUUCGGCGGAUGAUGAGAGACAGAGCAAUGUGAAUGCUUCAGCGUCAGCGAGCACGACCAGCUCAAAGACCUCAUCACGGCUGGCAUGCUUUGGAAAUCUGUCAACGACGGGGAUGACGGCUGCUGCCACACUUGCAGCUUCAACCACAGGCGUCUCAUCAUCAUCGACGGCUGCGAAGCCAGCGUCCAGCAUGACAUCACCACCCAAUUCGAUAUCGUCUUCCGGCGCAAGCACAUCAUCGGCUACGGCUACGAAAGCAAAUGAGUCGGCCUUUGCGACGCUUUCGACGACGACAGGAUCUUCGGUCAGGAUGAUCUCGCUGUUGGAGGACGCAUUGGUGGUGAUUGCGACGCAGCUAGGAUUGUACAUGUAUAACCCGCAGGUGGAUGCGGCUGUGCGAAGGGAUAUUCAGGACCAGUGCUUAGAUUUGAUCACGACAUUGAACUCGACGCAGCGGAUGUUGCAGCGGUUUGAGAAUGUGCCUGUGCAGGUGCGGAAGGAAGGGCUUGGAGCGGAGGCGUAUGAUCAGAUCCGGUCGUUGCGAGAUAGCAUGAUCCCGAUCAUCAAGAAUUUCGCAGAGACCAAGAUUAAUGUGCAGUGAGCGAGUGGCGACCUAAAAAAGAGGGUAAAAGAAAUGUAGCAAACUAUGAAUUACUAUUAAAAAAAAA